UUAAAGUGACACAAAAUGCAAAAGCACUGCUUCGUGAUGAAAUUAUCGCGUUAGGAUGGUAUUUCAUAAUAUCAACUAUGCAUAGUUUCAUCUUCAGAAUAUUACAAAGGAAUUUUCAUUAGAUAUAGAUUCUUGUAUGUUGACCACAUAGAAUUUGUAAGCAAAGAUAGAUUUUUAUAACUGUAAUCCUAAACAAACUACUUAGAACUGAAAUUAGACAUCUACAACACAUUCUUUGCAAAGGGAUGCAAUUCUUCUAGUUGUAUAUUCCUCACCAAGAAAACUUACCAUUCUCGUUUUAGGUUUGAGAAGUCCCAGAGGGUCUUGUUGCAGCGUUUGCCAACAGGAAGCAAGCGUGCAUGCUUUUAGUUGGCUACCACCUAGAGAUACUUAAAGAGGUUCUGAAGGGAAAGUUUAGGGACUCAUGUUUAAAUGAUAAGCUACGUUCCUUUAUUCCCCCAGAUGAAAAUAACUUUAAAAGGCAGAAAAUACUGUAGUUUUCAUGUAUCUAAGAGCUGGAACUGUUUUAAAAUUUAUUAUUACCUUUUGUUUGUUUGUUUUUGUGGUGGUAUGGAUUGAUCUAGGCACAUGCUACAUAAGCGUUCUACCUUUGAGCUAAAGCCCCAGCCCCAGCCCCAGCCUCACCCUCAGCCCCAGGGUGGGUGUUUUAGCGGACAUGGCUCUGUACAGGCUUAGGAAGUGAAAGCUAGAACAACUACCACAACCUAUUUCUGUCAUGAGGUCCAUUACUAAACUCUUGAGGUUGGUUACAUUGUCUUGGAGACAUACAAUUAGGACACUAACUCAGCCUGUUAGGAAAAAUAGCUCAUCAUGUGUGUCUAUGUGGCCCCCCCAACCCUAGACAACUACAAGGAAAAUGAAAUGAGUUGAAGUGGUGGGGGAGGUUGGGAGGGGAGCAGUUACUCCCUGACAUUUUAUAGUUAUAACCUUAUCUCUGUGAGAUUUACAUCUCUACGUCAGUUUGUGAAUAGUUGUAAGAUAAAAAUGAAAUAUGGUUUACAGUAAUUCCAGCCAGAGAUAGCCCUUGACAGAAGCAAAUGCAUGUCAUAGUUUAAAAAAAAUUCCUCAAAAAGAAAAAAGAAAAAAGAUACUGAAAACAAGGACCAACCACAACAACAGAUGGCUCAAUUGGAUCCUCCCACUGACUUUAUACCUUAUCAUUUUUAUAUGUAGACCAGCAUGUUUAGGAAAUUUUAAAUUAAAAUAUCAGAAUGGCAGCAUUAUGAUACUUAGUAUUGUAGAACUUUCUGUGAAUCUCUCAAUAUUCUAAUCCUUAAUACAUAUUAAUUCAGUCAGUUCUCACAACUGUGAAACAGUGACCACUUAUAGGUGAAUAACUAAAGCACAAAAUGAGGAAGUAAUAUGGGCAAGGUUAGUAGAUGAGACAGUGUUUCUAGCUGUUUUUAACUGUUUCACUGUGCUACAUAAGAACAAGAAAAUGAGAUGAUGAAGUAUUGCUAUUAGCGUUGAAGGGAAAACAAUUUAGAAACUAAAUAUGUGUUCAUAGAUAUAUACAUUUGUUAUAUAAAAAUAUAUUUGUAUAAAUAAAAAUAAGUUUAAAUGGACAAUUUACACUCAAACUAGUGAGCAAGGAACUGAUCUGAAAAAUAGGUUAACUGCUUUCCGCCGGGGCAGCCAUCUUCCAGUAACUUGCCAAAAUGAUGAACACUAAAGGAAAGAGGAAAGGUACUCGGUUUAUGUUCUCUAGACCUUUUAGGAAACAUGGAGUCGCUCCUUUGGCCACAUACAUGCGAAUCUACAAGAAGGGUGAUAUUGUAGACAUCAAGGGAAUGGGCACUGUUCAAAAAGGAAUGCCCCAUAAGUGUUACCACGACAAAACCAGAAGAGUCUACAAUGUCACCCAGUAUGCCAUGGGCAUCAUUGUAAACAAGCAAGUUAAAGGCAAGAUUCUGGCCAAGAGGAUCAAUGUGCGGAUUGAGCAAAUCAAGCACUCAAAGAGCAGACAGCUUCCUGAAGUGGGUGAAGGAGAACGAUCAGAAGAAAAAGGAAGCCUAAGAGAAGGGCACCUGGGUUCAGCUGAAGCGCCAGCCUACGCCACUCAGAGAAGCCCACUUUGUGAGGACUAACGGGAAGGAGCCUGAGCUGCUGGAGCCCAUGCCAUUCGGAUUCAUGGCCUAAUGGACACAAAGGAAAUAAAGAACCUGGACUGCAAA